UCUACGAAAAAUGACCUAAUUGUAACGUCCACUUGCUGUCUGGGUAAACUACAAAAUUGUUAGCUUCUCUCGCUAAUUGAAAGUGAAUACUUUUACUCCAACAAAAAGUGAUGUAACUUUCAAAUGGAGUGAAAACAGAAAAAGGAAAUUAACAAAGAAAACCCAAACCGCGAAUGACUGACAAAAUCGAGUCGGGAUUCGAUGAUCCUGCCCAUGUCGAAGCAGGUGCGUGCAUUCAAAGUGAAGGGGGGUAUAUAAACUAAUAUUAACCAUAUCACCACUUAGUAGAAAGAGAUUUAUACGCGGCAGUUCUCUUCUAAAAAACACUAUGAAAACGAGGUUGCUGAUUAUCACCGUUUGCCUCUCCUACUGCUAUGCCAGUGCUCAACACAGAACCAGCUCCAGUCCCUACCUCGGAGCUUAUUCGUACUCGGAAGGAGGUGAGGAGUUUCCCUUCAGCCAGCUGAAUGGACCUCAUUUAUACUCGCUAGGAAUCGACAAUUUCCUGCCAUUUCCCGGAGGAAAGACUUUGGCGCUUUCCAAGUCCCAAAUUUCGGCGGUAGCAAACUCAAAUUCCGUUGAAAAACCAGUACAAGAAGCUUCGGAACCUGCUCCCCAACAGGUCACUGGUACUGCAAUAAUCCCUUUGCAGCCUCCUCCUGCGGUACCAGUCAAUGCUGCUGCUGCUAAUGUACCCACCAACAAUGGUGCGGUUUUUCUGGGUUCAGGAGCAUUGGGAGUCAUUAAUCUCGGCAAUGGGGCCUUUGCUCUGGGUUCCGGCGGAAUCGGGUACUCGAACCAAAGACAGCAACCCAGACCAAAUGGAAGGUCGCCACUCUUCCCUCCACUACCGGCCAAUCCCAACUUAGUACCGGCAGCCAGAGCCAGUCAGGUACCAGCCUCAAUUCCUCAAACUACAUGGCCUGGAUUCCAGUACAAUCAGCAACUGCUUAAUCCCCGAUCAACUCAGAAACAAACUGAUCAGAACGGCUACGAACGUCUGGAUGCGAGAUCAGCAGGAUUUGGUCAGCCCACUCCCCUAAUUCGAGCACUCAAGACGCGCAUGAACUUUGCCACGCUAAGUGAACCCCAAUUUGGUGUACAAUCAGGGGACAUCAGCCAGCUGCCCCAACCGGGAUUUGGUGACCCUAUUCCCAGGCUUCCACCUCAAGCGCUGAGAUACUUUUAGAUCAGACGUAGCUAUCGAAGAAGCUGGAACAUUGAAAAGUGCCGUUUUCUGUGCUGAGUUGUGCAAUUUUAUGUUAAAUUAAUUGAUGUCAUUCUGGGUAAAAACAUGAAUAUUUCAUGGGUUUGCCGAUCAAACUCUGCUAAUGUUUCCACGUGUUUCUUUUAAAUAAAACUUAAAACCCU